UAAAAGGUUUACAAGCGUCGAAUCUGCAGAAGUUGUUGGGAGUUAUUCAAUAACGCGAGCUAUUUCGUUCAAUACGCUCAUUUUACUUAUUGAUUGUUUUUAAAGAGUGAGUGAAUAUUAUUUAAACUAACCGCUUCUAAAAUGGAACAAAAGAAGAAAACGAAUUCCAAUGAAAUUCCCGACAGUGCUUUCAGACAGUAUUUGGCCGCCGUUUUGGCUACUUUAGGGGCACUUGCAAUGGGAACUACCCUGUCAUGGACAUCGCCAGCGUUACCGCUCCUGCAGGAUCCAGCAUCCCCUCUCCCUGUUACGAAUGAGCAGGGCUCAUGGAUUGCAUCUUUACUUACACUAGGUGCAUUCAUGGGCGCUAUUCCCGCAGGAGAAAUAGCUAUCUAUUUGGGGCCCAAACGUACUCUUCAACUAACAACAAUUCCUUUUAUUGUAACUUGGAUUACCAUUGCAUACAGUCCAAACGUUAUACUUCUCUAUAUUGCUCGUUUAGUGGCUGGAUUAGUGGUUGGCUUGAUAUGUGUAGCUGCGCCGAUGUAUAUAACCGAUUUGGCUGAACCAAGAAUACGAGGAUCUCUUGGAGGAUUCUUUCAGCUACAAGUUACAAUUGGAUUGCUUGUAGAAUAUAUAUUAGGUAGUGUAGAAAAAAGCUUUACAUAUUUGGCCCUGAUAUCAGCAAUUCUUCCGGCACUUCAUCUGAUUACCUUUUCGUUUAUGCCCGAAUCACCGGUUUAUCUGACUGCUAAGGGAAAGAUUGACGACGCGAGGAAAUCCCUGCAGUGGUUUAGAGGCAAAAGUUACGACGUUGAAGAUGAACUUUUUCGCAUACAUGAGAGUAUUACGGAAGCUGCGAGAAACAAAGCCGGUCUAUCUGAUCUAAUUAGGAGCAAAGCGGCCUCCAAAGCCCUAGUCAUUUCCUUGGCAUUGAUGCUCUUCCAGCAGCUUAGCGGAGUCAAUGCCGUGCUCUUUUAUGCUGAGAAAAUUUUCAAAGACAGUGGCAGCAAAAUGUCCCCCAACAUGUGUGCCAUUUUUAUUGGAACGAUGCAGGUGGUUGCAACGUACGUGUCUACCCUUCUAGUUGAUAGAGCUGGUCGAAAAAUUCUACUAAUCAUAUCAAGUUCAGUAAUGGCCGUUUGCAGUUGUUCAUUGGGAAUCUACUUCUACCUCAAAACGAUCACUGACGUUUCAAACCUCAGUUUCCUGCCACUUAUAAGUUUGACUAUUUUCAUCAUAGUAUUCUCUAUUGGUUUUGGGCCGAUUCCGUGGAUGAUAUCUGGUGAACUUUUCACUCCUGAAUUCAAAGGACGAGCGUGUUCAAUUGCGGCAGCGUUCAAUUGGACCUUAGCUUUUGCAGUUACUAAAUUAUUUUCGACACUUGUUCAAUGCUUUGGAGCAGGUAUCACGUUUGGAAUUUUCUCCGCUAUUAGCUUUUUCGGCGCAGUGUUUUGUAUUAUCGUGGUACCCGAAACGAAGGGUAAAACUAUGGAAGAAGUACAAGUUCUGUUGGGUGGCUCUGCCACUUUGAAUGACGUUGAAAAUCAAAAGCCAAUUAUAACGUUGCAAAAUAAGACUGGAGAUUCUACAGUACGGAAUGAGAAAUAAUAAUAAUAGCGCAAUUUGUAUGAAUUGGAGUACGAAGGUAGAACUAUUUAAGGACAGUUUGCAUAUCAUGAUCAAAAUGACUAAACGAUCAUAAUUCCAUAAUAGGUAAUGGAUGAUUACUAACGAUAUGUAAAACUGCAAGGUGGAGCCCAGUUUUUGGCUAGAUAAUGCAAAAUAUGUUGAGGUGUUUUACAUAUGUAUCUAUCACAACAUACAUUAUUUAUUAUAGCAACUUAUUAUUUAUUAUAAGAUGUGCCAGUAUAAGAAUUAGAAAAAGUCGCUUAAUUAUAAAAGACUGAGUAAUUGUUUAAUGUAAUUGUAAAUAUGUGCCUUAAAAGCAUUAAUUAGUAAACAUUUUUAAAGACA